AUGGCUGCAGAAUCAUCAACUACGCUUUGCCCCUCGCUCCCCGAGUACGCUUGUCCACCUCUAGGAGAUGAAUGGUCUCCCUUGUGGCUGCAAAGACGUCAUGAAGACGAAGACUGGAACAAGGUCCUUGCGGAGAGAAUGAUGAGGCAGCGUUGGCGACGAAUAGCUGCUGCCGUGCACGAUGCAUGGCUGGUGUUCAAGAUUGGUCGUCCGCUAACUCCACCGCUCAGGGCACCACGAUUCCGAUGGCUGAUAUCGUCUGACCUUGUUCCCCGGGGAUACCAAGAUGGACAGGCGCCAUGGCGCAUGCUUAUACGGUCCUAUCUCAAGGACCUACCUGGGCAAUUGGCUGAUGGAAGCACUCAACAGUCUGUAUUUUCAUGGCGAAACUAUCCGAGACAUGUAGGCCGGUUGCAUCAUCGCACAAAACUCGACGAUGCGCCUCCUGAGAUAACGUGCGGGAGACGAGCCGUCUUCUCUCAACAGGGCAAUGAUUUUAACCAAAGCCUGACCGGAGAGUGGCUUGUUAUAGUCUACAUCUGGGCAACUGACAGUGCAUGGCUGGAGAAGACGGAUGUUGCGGACUUGGUCUCCCGUGAUAGUGUGACUGGUAUUCGCGCUUGGGAGUGGAUUGAUGCAGUUGAUGCUCCCACCAAGCUUCUACACCUGUUCUAUACAUGCCAAACAAGGAAGUCUCCAGAGCAGGACGCGAUAUACGCCGGACUCCCGUAUCUAGAGUACAACGCUGUUCCAAUGAAGCGCGGAGACCCUGUGCCGGCCAGGCUCGCCGGACUGAGACGUUUGAUGAAGGGACGAGCAAGACAUUUGUAUUGUGCGGCAUAUGAGUACGACACGUGUACAUCAUUAGACGGCCAAGCCAGUACAGCAGAAACAGAGUUGCCUGCGAGCGAACAACCGCCGACCAGCUUUGAAACUUCCACACCCAGUCCGGCACCACAUCACCCAGUAGAACAUAGCGGCGUGGUGCAGAGCCCUGAAGUAGGCGUCGGCGUCCUGGACGAGGCUGCACAGGGUGCGAUACAGCUAAGCAUCCGCCGUGACCCGCGCUCGAUGCUGGAGUACAUGACCCCAGGCCCAGCCGCCGAGCAUGUCCAGGGCGAUGCAGUGCCUAGGGUCGAGUUGAAAGAAGCGCUCCGGCGCCCACUUGCUGUGCACGGAGAUCGUCACCUCCAGGGACCGGCGGUCGCCCCUCGAGAAGUCAAAGACGACGGGAUGGGGGCGCGACAGGGCAGACUUCUGUUGGCUGCGCGUGUCGCUUCUCUUUGCACAGUUGGAACGGUCCAGAACGCUACCCAUGCCCAGGGAACUGAGAAGUGCGUGGAGGAUCCAACAAGACCUCCAAGGCAACACCCUGGACGGGCUCUUCGACAACAUCAUGGCGGCCAUCCAGGCCAGGGCGAAUCCGCACAAACCCACCUGCAGGUCUACUGGACCAACUACCCGCAGCUCUUUGACACAACAUGCGACUCCGACAGGUUUUGGGUGGGCGUCUGGCCUGCAUACUACAAGGGCGAGUUACCGACGCAGGACCUUCGCGCCCAGCUCAACCAGCUGUCGGCCGAUCUCAACGACCAUCUAAACAUGGCUUUCUUCUACCUCGGCGGCGACAAUGACGUUCCCACCGACAACCACGUUACCUUGCUGACCCAAGAUGGAAGUAUCCCGCUGCAUAAAGCCCUAGAUAGUGCGCCAAGCGGCUGGUCCACCACAACCAUCAGCUCUGCCGACUGCGCAGCCCAGCCUGAUGGCAUGUGGAUCGGUGCCGAGUUCAUUCUAUGCAAGCUGGCCGUUUCGGCCGUGGGAAACGAGGCUCUGGUUACAAAUUGGCAGGAAAUGCUCGCCCGCCAACGGUGA